AUGACCGACGCUUACAACUACGGAAAAGUUAUGGGAAUUUUUUGUGGAGCUGUUUUUAUAUAUGUGAUAGUAAUCAUAUUUUUAGGGCCCGAGAGGUUUCACCAAGAUUUAUCCUCGAAUAGAAAUGAAAUUAAUGAAAUUGAUGAAAUUAAACAAUCUUCCGAUGUUCUGGUCGUUGGUGAAGAGGUUAUGAUUGUUCAAAAGCAAUAG